AUGGCGGGCUCAGACGACUGUCUACUCGCCCUUAAACGGGCGCUCUCAUCACCAUCCAGCGCCCCCGUCCUGACGACCUCGUCCGAUCUCUCUACAGAGCAAGCAACAGACGACAUCUCGAAGGCGACACAUCUCUACCUGACGGAGCCGAUACCGCAGUCCAUCCCGCUGUCUACCCCCACACGCUUCAUCUCUGCGGCGGCCAACCAGGCGAUCGACCUGCGAAGCAUCUACUUUGCCUGGCUGAAGAAAGAUGUUGCUAUUCCGGAAUACAUUGCGUCAGCGCAGGAGGUGAAUGAUGCGCUGGGCGGGUCGGCCAAGGUGUUGAAUCUGGUGUUUGUUGAAAAGGUGGAUUUGAUCAGUUGGCUUGAAGGAGCGUCGGAUGAGAGCGAGUAUAUCAAGCCCCUUGAAGGGAAGGAAGGGCCGGGAGAGGCAUUGGGAGAGUCUGCCGGUGCUGUCGGGACAGAGGGCGCGGUGAAGGAGGCGGACGUGUCUGGUGCCGCGGCGGCAAGUGUACCGAAGAGUGGUGCAGUCGGUGCAGGAGCUGGUAGGCCUGCAAAGGGUGUGGAUGCGCGGCUACAAGCUAUAUAUACUGGCGAGCGCAAGCUGGGAGACAGAAACACUGUUCUCCGAGGGAUCCGGCCCACGGACUUUUCACACAUACGCAAGACGGCAGAGCUCUUCCUGGGACGCAACCGGACCCGUCCACAAGGCAAUGCCAAAACAGGCGGCAAACCAAGCAUGAUGCCCACUCCCGGAGCAGGCAGCAUCCCCAAGAAACCACUAGACUCAAGUCCCUCCUCCUCCUCCCCUUCGUCCUCCUCCUCCCGCCGGCCCAACCCCAUCAUCCUCGUCUCACCUUCCGCCUCCUCCCUACUACGCAUGUCAAACAUCAAAACCUUCCUAUCCGAAGGCGUCUACAUCCCGCCCGACCACCCGUCCCUCUCGAAAUCCACAGGCUCCAACCUCCUCCACCUCUCUCGAACGCUCCAAACGAUCCCGGACCCGUCUCGCCCUGCGUCCACGCCCGCCGGCGCCCCGGGUGCAGCAGCCCGCAAACCAACGCUGUUCAUCCUGGUCGACAGCACCGCGGACUUCAAGCCCGAUUACUGGAACAGGGUGGUCGCGGUGUUCACGACCGGCCAGACAUGGCAGUUCAAAUCAUACAAGUGGUCGACGCCCCAGGACCUGUUCAAGCAUGCCACGGGCAUUCACGUGGGGUGGAGAGGGGAGGAGCCGCCGCGGGAGGUUAAAGGGUGGGGAAGGGGAGUGCGCAGCUUUGCCAUCGACAGAUGGGAUGAGAAGAGCGCCAAUGUCAACGGCGGUCCUGCCAGCGGAGCGAGAUGGAGAGAUCGAGGCGUGGUCGAGGGUAUCUGGUCUGCUAUCGAGGAAGGGAUGAAGGCUCGUGGAUGGGGAGCCUCCAAGUGA